AUGUCAUCAAUAAUAGUACCGGGGGACAAUCUUCCCAUAGAUCCUCCUUCGUCAACCAAGACCAAAGUAGGUCCAGGUAUUUACAAGGACCCCAAAUCGCAAAACCUCAUCCCAUCAACAUCAGGUAUCCUACACAUUACAAAGAACCAGCAACAAAAUUCCCAGCUUGUAUAUAUCGAAUCUAAUACUAAACGGUACCUUCCUCACAACAACGAUUUUGUGAUUGGAACAGUGACAGGUUCCAUUGGAGACUAUUACAAAGUAUCAUUGCAAGAUUAUUCAUCAUCGGUGUUGUUAUCAUUUAUGGCUUUCCCCAAUGCCAGCCGCAAAAAUCGACCCAAUUUACGCAACGGCCAAGUUGUAUAUGCAAGAAUUGUCAAUGAUGAUAAUGACUCUACGUUUGAAACUGAGUUGGAGUGUUUUGAUGCGUCGAACAAUCGAGAAUCAGGAGGGUUUGGCGUUUUGGAUGAUUCCGGGUAUGUGUUUGAUGUGUCAAUGAAUUUUGCUCGUGAGUUGUUGUACAAUUCUAAACUGCCGGUGUUGGAGCUACUAGCCACUCGCGUCCAAUUUGAAGUUGCAGUGGGGAUAAAUGGGAGAAUUUGGUUGAAGUGUGGCGAAGGUUUACAAACGGAGCAAGGACAACAACAGCAGCAGCAGCAGAACAGUGGAGGAAAUGGGACUAACGAUGGCGAUGGUGAUGGCGAUGUUUCAAGGAGGAAUAGGAAUGAUGGUGGGGAUGAAGAAGAUGAUGCAGAAAGUUUCAAAAGUAGAAAUUUGAAGAAUCUCAAAGAUACGUUGUCGGCGGUUGAAUAUUUGAGACGAUGCCAAACGAGUUCACCGGAUAAAUUUAAGGAGCAUUUACACAGCUCGUUUAAGAAUAAGUGA